AUGUUAUCUGUGUCACAUCUUUUCUCCCUCCUUGGGCUAGCUUCAAUAGCUAUCAGUGCUCCCCAUGAGAAGCGGGCACAAACAAUCUACCUAGCAGGCGACUCGACGAUGGCCGAAAGCGGCGGCGGAAGUGGAACUCAAGGAUGGGGGCACUACCUCCAAUAUUCCCUCUCCCUCCCCGUCUCCAACAAAGCCAUCGCUGGCCGCAGCGCCCGUUCUUACACCGUCGAAAACCGCUUUCAAACCCUCAUCGACACGGUGAAAACCAACGACAUCGUUAUCAUUGAAUUCGGCCACAACGACGGUGGCUCUCUCUCCUCAUCCGACAAUGGCCGCACGGAUUGCCCGGGCGCGGGCUCCGAAACCUGCACCUCCACCUACAACGGACAAACCGUGACCGUCCUCACCUAUCCCGCAUACCUUGUCAACGCCGGCAAAGCGCUCGUCGCCAAAGGCGCAAAAGUCAUCAUCUCGUCACCUACUCCCAACAAUCCCUGGGAAAGCGGGACGUUCAGCUACUCAGCGUCUCGCUUUACGACGUAUUCAAAGAGCGCGGCGCAGCAGAUCGGCAGUAGUGCUAUGUUUGUUGAUCAUGGGCAAUAUACGGCUAAUAUCUUUAAGACGAUGGGGAAGGCAACAGUGGAUACGUUUUUCCCGAAUGAUCAUACGCAUACGAGUCCGGCGGGCGCGGAUGCAGUUAGUAGGGCGUUUGUGAAGGCUGUGUUAUGUGCGAGUGGCGGUGUGCUGGAUGGGUUUGUGAAGAAUAGCACGGCGAGCGUUGAGGGGAGCUGUGUUUGAGGUGAGACGGUCUUCGACGGAGGGGUGAGUGAAUGAAAGCAGUUGA